AUGUCAUUUUCAUUUAAUGGUUUAAUUCAUGAAUUUCCAUUUCAGAUAGAUUGUUUUAAUAAUAAUGCAGAAGCUUAUUUUUUAACUCAUUCACAUUCAGAUCAUUUAACAGGGUUACUUAACAAAUCAUUUACUGGUUAUGUUUAUUGUACUAAAAUUACGCGUGAUAUAUUAGCCACAGAUGAUAGAUUUUCAGAAGUAAUUAAAUAUUUCAAAGUUAAAGAAUAUAAUACUCCAUUCUACAUAGACACAUUCAUUGACGGUAGGGUCACAGUUACAUUAAUCAACUCUUAUCAUUGUCCUGGGUCAACCAUGUAUCUCAUGGAAUCUGAAUAUACGUCAAUUUUAUUCACUGGUGAUUUAAGAGCUGAAAGUUGGUGGUUAAACACAUUAGAAAAGAAUAAAUAUUUAUUUCCAUAUUUAACUGGUUUGAAGAGGUUGGAUAAUAUUUAUCUAGAUACUACGUUUUCAUAUCGUGGAGAACCAUAUAUUGAUAUUAUGCCAAAUACCGAUGGAAUAGUUGCAUUAAUUGAAUUUCUUAAAUUGUACCCGCCAGAUAUUGAAUUUUUAUUUAUUGAUGCUGUGUCUGGAUCAGAAGAAGUUUGGUUCAAUGUUGUUGAAUAUUUCAAUGGUCUUUUAAUACCUGAUGAGAAAAUUAGAAAGAGAUUAGAAGUGAUAGAUGAGAAAAUUAAUAGAUCUGAUGAAACUGGAAGGAAAUUCUAUGUUGGAAAACAUGAAAAUAACGGGAAAAGAGUCUGGAUCAAACACUGUAUCGAUUUUAAUAUUGUCGAUUAUAUUACAAACUGUAUACCCAAAAAAACUAAAGAUUAUGAUGUUUUAGAAAUGUUUGAUAAUUAUUUACUUGUAAGACAUGAUAAACAAGAAUGGAUAUAUUAUAAUGAAGAAUUACUCCCAAGAAAUAUAUUACUCAUGUUUUCUCGUCAUUCAUCAUAUACUGAAUCAAAACAAUUAGUUGAAAUGUUUCAACCAAGGACAGUGUGGCCAUGUACUGAGACUCAAAAAUCGUGGCUUAACGGGUUUUCAAUAGCUCAUGCAUUUGGAGGAGAUAAUCACAGAUACGAUUUAGAAAUGACUAAACUUUAUGGCGCUCCUUUAAUUCCCGAUAGACCUGUUGCUGUCAUUGAUAGAUGGUCAUUUGCUCAGUGUUUACAAGAAAUUGAAUUUUUGAAACAAUAUAAUGGCGAAAAUGUUAAAGAUCAUCCAUUUAAGGGAACUAUGAAGUUUGAAGAUCAUCAAAAAUGGAAAAGAGACUUUAAAUUACAAGGAGUUAUUACAGGUAGAGGUGAAUUUAAAUAUAAUGAAAUUAUAAAUUUACAUCAACAAUUAACUAAUCAAUAUUCAACUGAUGAAAAUAUACAAGAUCAUGAUUAUGAAAUUGAUUCUGAAAGUGAACCAGAACAACUACCUUCAAUUAUUGAUUCCAGUUUUCUUGAACAAUCAUUUGAUGAAAUUUAUUCAAGUCAAGUUAGUACCACAAGAAUAGAUUCAAUAGUCAACAAUUUAAAUAAAGACCCAAGAAAUUGGUUUAUGUAUAAAUUUAAUACACAUUAA